ACCCCUAUUUCUCUCUCUUCUUAUCUUCUUUCUCUCUCUUCUCUCCGCGCAUAGUUUCUUUCUCUCUCUCUCUCUCUCUUCUUUUGCGGAACCCAAACACCACGACGGAGGCUCCGACCCGAAUCGUCCGAGUUGAGUCCAGCUCCGAACACGUUCAGGUGCUUCUCCCUCAAUCGCAUUUCGCUCCCAUUUUCUUCUUCUCAUUUUCACCGUCGCCACCGAAUCCGUUUGAGAUUUUAGGGUUCUGAAACUCUCUUGGAUAUUUAUUUGGAGAAGGAAAGGUUAAGAGGAUUAGGGUUUUCUUGAAAAACAUUGAUUUUUGUUUGGGAAAAAGAGAGGUUAUAGGUAAGAGGAUUAGGGUUAGAGGAUAAUGUGUAUACUGUGUGUGAUUCAGAAGUUGUCUCGCCGGGUUGCUACAGUGCUACCAUGGUUGGUUAUUCCAUUAAUCGGUUUAUGGGCACUUUCUCAGCUUCUUCCGCCGGCCUUUCGGUUUGAGAUUACUUCACCUCGUCUGGCUUGUGUGUUUGUGUUGUUGGUUACUUUAUUUUGGUAUGAGAUUUUGAUGCCUCAGUUGUCGGCUUGGCGGGUAAGGAGGAAUGCUAGGCUUAGGGAGAGAAAGAGGUUUGAGGCUUUAGAGAUGCAGAAGCUGCGGAAAACAGCUACAAGGAGAUGCCGCAACUGUUAUAAUCCCUAUAGGGAUCAAAACCCUGGUGGGGGUAGGUUCAUGUGUUCGUAUUGUGGGCAUGUUUCAAAGAGACCGGCUUUAGACUUGCCGCCGGGGUUUGCGAUUUCUAAUUCUGGCAUAGUUAAGGAGUUGGUUGGUAAAAGUGGAUGGAUGUGUAGUCAGGACUGGCUGGAUAAUGGAAACUGGAUUGGGGGUUCUAUUCCAGGCAAUCCUAGCAACUGGAAGACAAAUGAGAAUGCUGGUCUUUUUGGAGGAGAUGAGCAUUGUUUAACAGAGAGGUCGUAUUCCGGUAUUUUGUUUUUUAUUUGUAAGCUUUUAACAUCUUUUUUCUUGAGCAUUAGAUGGCUCUGGAGAAAGAUUUUUAGAAUUAGUUCAAGGGAAGAAUGUUCAUCGGAUGCUGAACAUAGAGCACUCUUAGCAAAACGGGGUGAGAAUGGAGAAAGUCUCAAUGAGAGUAGAGGGGAAAAAGCACGCAGGAAAGCUGAGGAGAAAAGGCAGGCAAGGCUGGAGAAAGAACUUUUGGAAGAGGAAGAAAGAAAACAGAGGGAGGAGGUUGCAAGGUUAGUGGAGGAGCGUAGGAGAUUGAGAGAUGAAAAAGCGGAAGCUGAAAAGGAUCGCACGAGAUCAUUAAAUCCCAGUAAGGAGAAAAAUAACAGGAAGGAAACUGAAAAGAAGCGUCAGGAAAAAAGAAAAGAUAAAGAUAAAGGGUCUAGUAAGAGUAACUCUGAUGUGGAAGAAUUGGAAAGAAAAGCCGGAAAGGAAAGUGAACGGAAGCGUGAUGUUGAGAAAAAAAGUGAAAAUGAUCGUAGAGAGCAUCAGAAAUCUGGGUCAGAUAGUGGCAAAGGACAGAGUACAGACAAUGCACAUAGUAAAAAUGUGACUACAAACAAUUAUAAUCGAGGAAAUACUGGAACCAGGUACCUUGAUCGCAUGCGGGGUACAUUUUUGUCCUCUUCAAAAGCAUUUGGUUUUGGAAGGGGAGCUAAUAGUCCUGCCACAAUGGUGAAAGAAACCAAGUUCAACAGUUCUGUCGAUCAUGUUCAUACUGCUGCCAGCAAGAGAGAUGUUUGUCCUCCUGAACGUCCAACUGCAAAAACCAAUUCGAACGGAGAUGAUAGGAAUAUCAAUCACUCUGUACUCCCAGAACCGAAGCCAUGGACGGCGCCUAAAAUGUCAUGGCAUCAAUUAUUUACUCGAUCUUCUCCUGUUCCACCAUCCUCAAAUACAAAUGUCAUAUGUAGACCAAAUUCCAAAACUCAAGCAGAAUCCAAAAGCCCUCAGUCAUCUGGCCAGUCACCAGUUACUCAAUCUUUUAAUAAUCCAAUUCACUUUGGUCUUCCAUCACCAUUUAAUAUUUCCACCCAUCCAAAUGGUGGAUCAACUAGUAGUAGUUUAGGUUUUUCUCCUGCAAUUGAGCAAUUAUUCUCUCCUGUUAGAAAUACAUCACAUGAUUUUAGACAUGAUGAGCAAGAGCUUUUUGAAGACCCAUGUUAUGAUCCAGAUCCAGCUUCCUUGCUUGGGCCUGUUUCAGAGUCCCUUGAAAAUUUUCAGUUGGACUUGGGAACUGGCUUUGGGACAGACAUGGAAUUAGCAAAGCCUCACUCUUUAAAAAACAUAUCUGCUGGUUCCGAUUUCAAUAAGCUAUCUCCGAUUGAGUCUCCAUUGUCCCGGGAAAAGCAUGCUUCUCCUGCAGAUGAUGCAACUGCAAGUGAUAAGGGAACAUGGCAGAUGUGGAGUACUUCACCACUUGGUCAAGAAGGUUUAGGCUUGGUAGGUGGCCCAGGAAGUUGGCUUUUAUCUUCACAAAGGAAUGUGCCAAACAAGGAUGAUUUUAUGCUUCCAUCAGCUCAGAAGACUAUGGCUUCCCUUUUCAACAACGACAAUAACAUGAUUUCCAAUACUCAUUCCCCUCAAAAUGUUUUUCUUCCUAAUGGUCAGAGUGGCGGGAACAUAAGCCCUGUUACAAAUUCAAGUAGUUAUGAUCCAUGGUCACAAAGUACUUUAUUCCCACCAUUUUCAAGUGGCUUUAAUGGCCAUGAGGGAGCUACACAAAAUGAAAUUAUAUAUGGAAGUCCCAAUGGAUCUGCUAGUAACCAUGUACUUGAGGGUUCUCCGGCUAACAGUUGGUCCAAAAAGGAAUGGCCUAUACAUGGUUCAGCGGAAAGCACAGGGAAAUCAUCUGUUUCUCGUUCCCUUAAUGGAGGUCUACAGCCAACCUCUGAUGUACAGUCAUUUUGGUCAUUUGAUUAAAAAUAGGUGAUAGUAGUGACAGGGUAAGAGGAUCUAUGUAGACACAAAUGUUGUUGAGGCUAUAGUGUAGCUUCUUGUGGGGGAAGAGUUUACAAUUUAUAUCUUCCUUCUUUUAUGAGGGGAGAUUGAUGUUUACAUGACAUUAGCAUUGAUAGGAAUACAAUGUUGGAUGCAUGGCAACAAAGAGAGGUGCCCCCAUUUUGAAGUAAAUUUGUCUUUGGAGAAUGGUGCCUUUGCAUUCCCUGUUGUCAUGAUCUUCAAAUAUGCAGCCUCAAUUGAAGCCUUGUAUGGAAAAUUAACCUACAUGACAUGAAAAUAGUCGUGUUUCUCUAUGUCUCGUAAUUUUAAAAAUCGAGCUGCAUCUUUGAUCACAUGGUGCGCAAAGUUGGCUGUGAUCCUACCUGGGUUUUAAAACACAAGCCAGUGUUUUUUUCCCUUCAUUUUUGUUUGAGUUUAAUGGCUGUGCACUAAUAGUAUAAAAGAUUUUUACAUGUCACCCAAUCAUAUCAUACAAUGUAGAUAUUUGUCGAUGGAAAAAACAUACUAAUGUACCCUUGAACACUUUUUUCAAAGCAGUAUUAACACAUUUUUCUCA